AUGAACACAUUCCGAACUUUGAGGCCAUUAGCUUCACGGAUCCAACCCUAUACACUCCCUAGGACAGUCCGCCAGUUCUCCACCACGGCAAAUAUGUCUUAUGAGUAUUUACUAGUAUCGGAGCCUAAGCCGGGUGUUGGCCAAGUCACCCUAAAUAGACCCAAGGCCCUCAAUGCCUUAUCUACACCUCUCAUCAACGAGCUCAAUCAGGCUCUAGGGGAGUUCAACUCGUCGGAUAAUAUCUCAGCUAUUAUUCUGACAGGGUCUGAAAAGGCCUUCGCCGCCGGUGCGGAUAUUAAGGAGAUGGCACCUCUUACAUUCUCCGAGGCGUACACCAAGAGUUUUAUCGAGUCAUGGUCCCAACUCACGACGCAAGUAAAGAAGCCCAUAAUUGCAGCCGUGUCCGGACACGCCCUUGGCGGUGGAUGUGAGCUUGCCAUGAUGUGCGACAUCUUAUACUGUACGGAGACGGCCAACUUCGGCCAGCCUGAGAUCAAGCUGGGCACUAUCCCGGGCGCCGGUGGGAGCCAGCGGCUGACGCGGGCCAUCGGCAAAUCACGCGCCAUGGAGGCAAUCCUAACAGGCAACUCGAUUUCGGGAGUUAACGCGGCACAAUGGGGGCUCGCUGCCAGGGCUUUCCCCAGCUACGAGGCGCUGAUGGAGGGCGCGCUGAAGACGGCCGAGACCAUCGCGAGUUACUCCAAGGUAGCGGUUAUCGCGGCCAAGGAGGCAGUUAACAAGAGCCAGGACCUACCGCUGCGGGACGGCGUUGAGUACGAGAGGCGCGUGUUCCACUCGCUCUUUGGCAGUCAGGACCAGAAGAUUGGCAUGAAGGCUUUUGCGGAGAAGAAGAAGCCAGAAUGGAAGCACGAGUAG